AUGUCUGCCGAGCUUAGCCAGACCGAAAAGUCACCCGCUGCGGUGACAACACCAGGAGACGGUGUCGAGGGUAGAGAUGGUGAUGAUGCCGUUGUCGUCGUUGCAAGUGAUGCGGCCAAGAAGCGCCAGUCGCUGUCUGACAUCUUUACCAUUAUCGCAGCCGGUGCUGCUCUCAUUUCCGAUGGCUACCAGAACAACCUCAUGACAAUGUCCAAUGUCCUCUUCAAGAAGGAAUACCCUGCGCAAUACACUUCGACUGUCAGCACUCGAGUAUCAAAUUCACUCCUUGUGGGCGCAAUUCUCGGGCAAGUUACAGUUGGUUUGACGUGCGACUACCUUGGGCGCAAGACAGCAAUCGUUAUUACGACGCUCCUCAUCGUCAUCGGUGGUAUUCUGGCAACUGCCGCCCAUGGAGUCACCAUCGAUGGCAUGUUUUGGAUGCUGACGGUUGCACGAGGCAUUGUUGGAUUUGGCGUUGGUGGCGAGUAUCCUGCCGCAAGCACAUCAUCUUCUGAAGCAGCCAACGAGCGAACUCUUGAUAAAAGAGGACCGAUUUUUAUCCUCGUAACUAAUUUGCCAUUGAGCGCAGGCGGCCCCUUAGCUGUUUCGAUAUUUCUCAUUGUGCUCUCUGCCGCUGGUGAGAAUCAUCUGUCGACGGUGUGGCGAGUAUGCUUCGGUAUCGGCAUACUUCUCCCGCUCUCCGUCUUCUACUUCCGUCUCAAAAUGCUCAACUCUAAGCUCUACCGCAAGAGUGCCAUCCAGCGUAAUGUGCCUUACGGCCUGGCCAUAAGGUACUACUGGAAGACCUUGAUCGGCACGUGCGGUGCCUGGUUCCUGUACGACUUCGUCACCUUUCCCAACGGAGUUUUCUCUGGCACAAUCCUUUCUAGUGUAGUCGACCCCAAGGACACGCUACGGAGCACGGCAGAGUGGCAGCUACUGCUAGGGGCCAUUGCCCUUCCCGGCGUCUUUCUCGGCGCCUUUCUGUGUGAUCGGCUGGGCAGACGCAAUGUCAUGAUGCUUGGUUUCUCCGGCUACCUGGUCUUUGGCCUAAUCAUCGGCUGUGCCUACGACAAAAUCACGAAGAUCACACCACUCUUUGUGAUUUUUUACGGACUAAUGCAAAGUAGUGGCAACUUUGGUCCAGGAGACAUGCUUGGUCUCUUGUCCUCCGAGAGCUAUGCCACGAGUGUCAGAGGAACUUUUUAUGGCAUAAGUGCAGCGUUAGGAAAAACCGGUGCUGCUGUCGGGACUCAGGCAUUUACUCCAAUUCAAAACAAUCUGGGUAAGCGUUGGACGUUUAUCAUUGCCGCCAUAUGUGGUGUUGUGGGUGUCUUGGUCACAUACUUCUUUGUGCCCAACGUGACGGGCGAGGAUCUUGCCAUUCAAGACGAAAAGUUCAAGGCCUACUUGCUGGAGCAUGGGUGGAGCGGUGAGAUGGGUGUUGAUUAA